AAAUUUUAGAAGUCCACACCCCUUCACAGCACACUCAUGCACAUGCUUACAGUAGCAGUUAAGAUCAGCAACUCGGAUGAGAACUGCAGCUCUACUCUGCUGGGAUCUACUUUGUGGGACAGAUUUUCUCCAAAUACCUGCUUUUGAAGAGGUUUUGAUGAACCACCAUGGGAAUGAGACUGAGAGACUUGUGCAGCAGCCAUCAACUGCAUAGGAGUGUGGGAUGAUCAACACAGACUGCUCUACUGAUUGCGAGAUUAAUAAGGAGUGGCUGCUGUGGUUGUUUCUCAACAUUUGGUGCGUCAAGGGACCAACUGGUGGGAAGCUGAUGUGGAGUUGCUAGUCUAUUGCAGGUUUCAUUUUUUUUUUUUUCUCUCUCUCUUUCUCCAGCCCCUAUAGUACCACCACAACUUCUAUACACCUCUGUAUCCCCACAAGCUGUAUUCACUGUCAUCGCUCUUUUCCACUACCAGCAACAAUGGACCUGACUUUGUGGCAGUACCAGUUCAGGUUCAUCAUGCUGGGGGACUCCACAGUGGGCAAGUCCUCCUUGCUGAAGCGCUACACCGAAGACUUAUUCCUGGAGUCCAUCAACCAGACAGUGGGUGUAGACUUCUAUGUUCACUUCCUGGAGGUGGAGCCGGGGGUCCGUGUCAAGUUGCAGUUCUGGGACACAGCUGGACAGGAGAGGUUCAGGUCAGUGACCCGUUCUUAUUACCGCAACUCAGUCGGAGGCCUGCUGGUGUUUGACAUGACCAACCAAGACUCCUUUGACCAUAUUAAGGAGUGGCAUGCUGAAGUGUGCGAGCGAGUGCAGCCGCAUACAGUUCUGUUCGUUCUGGUGGGCCAAAAGAGUGACCGAGAUGCCCAGGGGGAGAGGGUGGUGAGUCGGGAAGAGGCUGAGAAACUGGCCAGGCAGCUGGGGUUGCCCUAUGUGGAGGCCUCUGCUAGGACAGGUGAGGGCGUGAGGGACGCCUUUGAGCUGCUCACUCGGCGGGUCUACCAGGGUCUGUUGAGUGGAGAGGUAGAGCUGCAGGAGGGCUGGGAUGGAGUGAAGUGCGCUGCACCACAUGCACUGCAAUUGCAGAGAGCCAACCUGGCACAGCCCAGCACAGCCUCCAAGAACAACAAGAAGUGUUGUGCUUAAAUUGUGGACUGGUGGUGGUAAACCAUUUGCACUCAUGUUACCGUAGAACCUGAAACGGCCCCCAGGAAGUUGGAUUUGUAGUGGAUAUUUACUGUAAUAACGUGACCAUCAUGAAACCCACUGAUUGAAAUGCCUUUUUUGCACCUACUGUAUUUUGUGAAGAGACAAUGUUAAGCAUUUAGUAAUGUCGGAGACUGGUGUAAGAAAACAUUUUGUGACUUUGUUGACAUUCCUGAAAUGGAUUAAGUUUUAACUUUAGAAAUACAUUUUUAUUUAACUGAUAUUUUUAGUCCAGACUGAAAAACCUUUUAAACCUAAAAACUAUUGGAUGGAUUGCCACGAUAUUCAGCACAGACAUUCAUGGUCCCCAGAGGAUAAUUUCCUUCUGACGUUGGUGAUCCCCUGCCUUUUCAUCUAACACCACCAGCUGGUUAUUUUUGGUUUUUAGGGAAAUGUCUUCACAACUAUAUGUUAAUCUAGCGCCAUCAUCAGGUUUAACAUUAUAAUUUACCCAAUACUUUUUGUACGUGGUUAUUGAAAACUAAUGACAUUGCCAUCUGACACAGGCUAAACGAUGGUGAACAUGGUCAUUAUUAUACAUUUUAUUUGAUGGUGCCUUUCAGGACACCCAAGGCCACCUUACAGUAGUUAAAAACAUGCUCAUAUAGAUAUAACAGCGAGACAUGGCAAGGACAUACUAUGACACCAAUAUGAACUAUAUCAGCAUGUUAGUAUUGUCACUGUGAGCAUGUAGCUCAAAGUGUGCCUUUGUCACAAAGCUGCUAGUGCAGCUGUGAACAUGUUAAAUUGCUAAAGCUAUAGCUUUUUCUAUUUAUAGGACUCUUAAAAACUGACAUAGAGGUCCAUGCUCCCUUAAGUAAGAUUCUAGGCCCACAGCUGAUUAGACUAACAUGGACUGAUGAGGCUAUUGCUUACCUCAGUUCAGAAGGGCAGGAGUUGUAAUGAUAUUGAGCCAAAGCCAUUGGUGCAGGAUGAGGCCGCAUGGAUGGGAUACAAUCACAGCUUCUCUAUUGAUUUUUGGACCUCAAGACCUGUACAGUGAGAAAAUUGUUGCUAACCUUGGGAUCCUGAUGCCUCAAGGGGCCUAUGAUAUAACUGUGCGAUCGCAAGUUGAUUAAGAAAGAAUUGUACUUUGGUUACAAUGUUAUAAUUCAUUUUUUCCUCUUUUUGCUUGGGAAAUACUUGGCAUUAUCAUCUCUCACAGACCUGCUUUACCUCAGAACCUGCACAUAAAUCAGCGAUUUCUGUCUGUGUUGCUCGUCCUGUCGAUGAUUGGCAGCAAUCGGGUGCCCCAGUGGAGAUUAUAAACAUCCCCUUAUGACUCUGUGAAUGAAUGCUUUGGACCUGAAUAGUUGGCUGGGAAAGGCUUUUUUGCAUCACCAAUAAUUGCACAGCAGUAUGCUUAAAGUGAGUGAUUGUUUUUUUAGGGGCUGUUUUUGAAAUGAAUUAAAUAGAACAACUCAAGGGAGCCCUUUGGAUAUUGUUCUUUUGAAAUAUUCUGAGGUUUCCAUGGCAAUUACUGUCCAUCUGGCUGAUGGACGGCCUCCUGUGUUUCUGCAACCAAAACGCAGACAAUUGAUUUAGCUUCUAAAAGACACCCAGAUUAAAGAUGAUCACUGACAAGCUAAAAUGUCUGUAUACAGGUUGUCCAUUGUUCUCUGCUGAUAUUGAGCAAGUGAACUGAUUUUACAUUAGCUACAAGGUAAAAGCCUUUUCCUAAACUCAAAUAUAACCCUUUCCCGUGUAUGUCGAACCCAUGGCUUUUUCUAAAUCCAGUCUGGCGAAAAAUGUCAUACUCCAAAAUACCUCCUUUUUUUUUUUUAUAUAACAGAUCAGUCAUUUAUUCAUUUUUUAAUCUGACAUUGUGAAAGGUCAACAUCUAGGCACCACUUCUAUUCAUUUUGAUAAGAAUUUGCUGAAAUAGACAAAAGUAAAAAUAAAAUGUACAAGGACGGUUGAAAUAAAUGUUAAUGUAAUAAAACCUACAAUCAGUAACAAUACAAAACAAAUAUCUAACAGAGGCAAAUUUGUAGCCACCAUUUGUAGUAGGAAUUUGGUAUUAUAGACCCUCUUAAAAAAACAACUAAUCAACAGCAUUGUGUGAGUAUAGUGGGUAAACAGGGGAGCUAUAAUCCACUACAUACUCAACAGUUAUGAUUAUUAUAUGCAAGAUAACAAACAUUUUUAACAUUCACAUCCAAAGCUCGAGUAUCAAAAGGCAAUCCGGAUGCAGCAGUGGUCAUUGAAAAGAAGUAUUCCAGUAAAUGUUUAUUGACAAAUAUGCAAUGAAUAGAGUUCCGCCAGGCUUAGCUUAAUGGCAACAAAACAAAAUCAUGAGACAAGAAUUACAUUGUGUGAUGGUGCUGGCAAAACACUCAAAUGUUAGGGAGACAUAACAAUGAAACACUAUCUAAUG